AGCCUGUUGAGGGUUGAAACAGCUAACCCACGAAUCAUUUGUGGGCUGCGCUUUAAUCUGGAAGAAUGGAGAGGACUGAUCUCAAGAAGUAGCCUUAACUUCCAAAGCGACUUCCGAUACAGAAAAAAAGAGGAAAUGUCAGAAUCAACAGAGACGGAUCAGAGUUGGAUCCCAAAGGUCUUCAAAAAACGAGUGUGCACCACCUUUGUGGAGGAUUCUUUCAGUAAUGGAGCUCUGUGUCAGUGUGGAAAUGCGAGAGAUGCCCACACGUCUGUGGCUCUCGGGGACUUUUUCAGCACAGCCAUGGUGAACCACUGGGACAGCGCCCAGCAUUCAUCUGAAUACCCGACUGAUGCCUUUGGAGAGGUGCAGUUUGCAGGAGCCAGCAAGAGACACAGCUAUUUCCUGCGUCUGUCAGGGAACACCUCACCGUCUCUGGUUUACACCAUGAUCACAUCCCACUGGCAUCUUCCUGCACCCAACCUGGUGGUUUCUGUUGUGGGAGGAGAAAACAGGGCAAAGGUGAAGACCUGGGUGCGGGAGGUUCUCAGGCAGGGACUUGUAAAAGCUUCACAAAGAGCAGGAGCAGCAUGGAUCCUGACUGCAGGACUGCGGGAAGGUGUUGGGAGGUGUGUUGGUGAGGCGGUGAGAGAUCAUGCUGCUGCAGCUUCUUCAGACUCCAUCAACAGAGUGGUGGCACUGGGCGUCGCUUCAUGGGGUCUGGUGCACAACAGAGAACAACUCGUCGACCCUAAGGGCAGUUUUCCUGCUAAAUAUUACGUGCAGAACCCAACUCGGGAUUCUUCCUGCCUGGACAACAACUACMAGGCCUUCCUACUGGUGGAUGAUGGGAGUGUGGGCCGCCGAGGAGGGGAGACCGCCUUCAGAGCCAAACUGGAGGACUACAUCUCCCAUCAGCGCACAGGAAUAUGGGGUAGCGGCAGUGUUGACAUUCCAGUCAUUUGCAUGUUGAUAUCAGGGGAGAAAAGCAUGCUGGAGAGAGUGGAUAAUUCUCUGAAGAAGUCCAUGCCCUGGUUGGUGUUGGCUGGCUCAGGCGGUAUUGCAGAUUUUCUGAGUGAUCUCUUGGAGAAUCUGUCUUCAGCCCCAGACUUUCAGUCUUUCAGUGAGCGUGACAGUGAGGCUGCUCCCAGUGUGGAUCUGAUAGACAAAGUGACAGAACGAGUGAAGAAAUACUUUCCUGCUGAACCAGAAGCAGACAAACUUGUUAAACAGGCUCUAAGCAUCUACCAAAACAAAGACUUGAUUACAAUCUAUCAUGGAGAGCAGGAGAGCCCAACUGACUUUGAUAUAGUACUGCUCAAAGCAUUGGUAGGAGCAAGUAAGCAUCGUGCCUCAAUUGAAGCCUGCCCUCACAAUGAAGAGCUCAAGCUAGCUGUUGCUUGGAACAGGGUGGACAUUGCUAAGAGCGAACUCUUCAAUGGAGACAUUCAGUGGAGGGAUGAGGACUUGGAAGAAUCCAUGACGGAUGUCCUGAUCAAUGACAAGCCCCAGUUUGUUCGUCUUUUCACCGAGAAUGGCUUGAACAUCCUGGACUACCUGACUUAUGGCAGACUGGAGCAGCUCUAUGGCUCUGUGGCUGAGGGCACACAGUUAUACCAUCUGCUUCAGCGUCGACAUGUCAUGCGUGUCGGAACUACACCUGUGCUUACAUCAUCAGCUCCACCUGAUCAUUUACCAGAAUCACAAUCCAAAUUAAAAUCAGGGAAACCUCAGAGUAAACUAGGGUCUGAGAUAACCCUUUUUGAGAUUUCAGGUGUUCUGGAAAUAUUAUUGGGUGAUGUUUGCACACCGUUCUUCUAUGACAUUUUGGGCUUACCGGAUAACUCAACCCAAAGAGUGACUUUUAGGCGUGUAAGUAAGCUGCUGCAUGGAGAGUGCCCAUAUCGAGCGAGGCGAUGCCUCUACCCCUGGGCUGCACUCUUCAUCUGGGCUGUUCUACAGAACCGCAGUGAGAUGGCCACUUUCUUCUGGGAGAUGUCAGGAGAGUCAGUGCUGAGUGCUCUUAUUGGUUGUAAGAUCCUGAGAGAGCUGUCCAGACUGGAGGCUGAAGCUGAAACUAAACUCUCCAUGAAGGAACUGGCCCAGAAGUUUGAAAAUCUGGCACAUGAUAUCUUCAGCUCUUGCUAUCGCAGCGAUGAAAGUCGUUCCUUCAAGCUUUUGAUCAGGAAAUCUCCUGUUUGGGGCGGCACCACCUGCCUACAGAUGGGCAUGAGUGCUGAUGCCCGACGUUUCUUCAGCCAUGAUGGAGUACAGUCUCUGUUGUCCCAAAUCUGGUGGGGUGACAUGGAGAGGACCACAGAGGUGUGGAAACUUCUGCUCACCUUCUUCUGCCCUGUCCUUUGCUACACCAACUUCAUCUCCUUCAGGGAGCAAUACGAUCAGCAACAAGAGGAGGAGGAGAAGCCUAAUGAGGACAGACCAACUGACACUCAUUAUGGGACGACUGUCUUCUCUUUCUCUGACAUCAAUCACAUUGAAGCUGAUUCAGAUGAAGUAACCACUCCUCAGAAUACUUCCAUCAAAGGUUCACUUGAAUUCUACAGACCACCACGUCGUCCAUUCAUAGUAUCACGCUGGCGACAGUUUUGGUAUGCGCCCGUCACUGCGUUUUUGGGAAACAUCCUGAUGUACUUCCUCUUUCUUGGGCUUUUUGCAUACGUGCUGUUGAUGGACUUCAAGCCCCCACCGCCUUCUGGUCCGGCCAGCUCUGAAUAUGUGCUGUACUUCUGGGUGUUCACCAUUGUGUGUGAGGAGAUUAGACAGUCAAAAUCUUGGCAUCAAAGGCUCAGAGUCUACAUUCAAGAUAUGUGGAACAAGUGGUACAUCACUGCCUUGAUACUGUUCAUCAUAGGAUCAAUCUGCAGGAUGUUUAGCUGGUCAUAUGACUUUGGACGGGAUGUCCUGUGUGUGGACUACAUGAUCUUCACUCUUCGUCUGAUUCAUAUUUUUACAAUUCACAAACAGCUGGGUCCAAAAGUUAUCAUCAUUGGCAAGAUGAUGAAGGAUGUCUUCUUCUUCCUCUUCUUCCUGGGAGUGUGGAUCAUGGCGUAUGGAGUAGCCAGUCAGGGUUUACUUUACUCCUAUGAUUCUAACUUCAGCCGCAUCCUGCGCAGAGUUAUCUACAGACCGUAUUUACACAUCUUUGGGGAGAAUUUUGUGGAGGAGGUUGACGUUGGAAAGGAGUGGGGUCUGGACUGCACCAACAAUGUGACAUUGAUUGAGGAGGGUGCAGAGCCAUGCAGGUCUCUGAACAAUAACUGGCUGGUGAUCGUUCUGUUGGCCCUUUAUCUCCUUGUUACAAAUAUCCUACUCAUCAACCUGCUCAUUGCCAUGUUUAGCUACACCUUCACUGAAGUGCAGGAUAACAGUGACAUCUACUGGAAGUUCCAGCGCUAUAACCUGAUUGUCCAGUACCACUCCAGGCCCUCAUUGGCUCCUCCUUUCAUCAUCCUCUCUCACAUCAACUUAUUUAUCAGGAGGAUCAUCCGUAAGGUUCCCUCUGUCAAGGUCCGCCACUUUGUUUUGCAGUUAAGCAGAAAAGCAGCAAACAGAUUAAUGACGUGGGAAAGUAUCCAGAAAGAAGACUUCCUGACUGCUCAAAACAAAAUCCAGAAGAGUAGUGACUCGGAGAAACUGAAGCGGAUGUCUGACAAAUUGGAUAGUGUUCUUAGACAGUUGGCUAAAAUCAGAGAUUUUGACCACAGACUUAAAGCUCUGGAGAAUCAGAUGGAGCCACUUUCUAGCAACACACCUAAACCUCCCUGAAAACCAUCUACAUCAUGAAGCAAUCUCCAACAUUUUAAAGUUAAAAGGGUCACUCAUUACAGUUAUUGACCUUGUUUAAUGAGUUGGGCUUUGCAAAGUUUUAUCUUGAGGGAUUUUGUGAUCUACAGUCAUUCUUUCUGUUUUACCCCGUUUUCCAGUACAUCUACGAUACUUUUGAGUUUAUUCAAAGUUACAUCUGAAAAAUAAUUUUAAAACAUCUGUGUUUGUUUUUAUAUGCAGAGAAGGUCACAGUAGCUCAGUGGUCAGGUAUGCUGUUAAAUAAAUGUUAAAAUAAAAUGUAAUAAAUGUGGGGAUUUAUAAUGAAGCAUGUCCAUUUAUUCUCUGUGCCGAACACAUCAAACUGAUUAGUCAUAAACAGUUUAUGUGAAUUGUUCUGGAGUUUCAAUAAGCCUUUUGUCUUUUACUUUAUAUAGAGAUGAAAGAUAUACAAAAUACUGUAGCAUGAAGAAGUGGUCUCCUCCAAAACCUAAACUCUGACCUAGUUUAGAAAGUAGUGUUUGCAUAAAACAAUGUGACAUUUAGAGAAUAUUUUGAGAUGGUAGAAGUCUGCUUUGAAAGGGGCCCAAAUCAAACCAUCCGUUGUCUCCGCUCUUCCAAGA